AUGUCCCAACCAUCUACAGACCCAGACCCACUCCCCGAAAGAGCCGCCUUCCCGAUCCAGCACCUUUCCCGUUCCUUCCUAGACCAACAAGGAUUAUCCUCAGAUCUCGGUCUAGCUCUCUCUCAGAGAGCUGCAGUAAAUGCAGAUGGCGCCGGUGGUAGCGAUGAUAACGGUAUAUCGGUACCUCGACCAGCGGUGAUAAAACCCGAUACCGCUGCGUCGUCUGCUGCUGCUCCGACGAGGAAUGCCGAUUAUAUCGCCGCAAUCGAACGUGGUCCGUUCCCCAAAGAUGGAUCGAAUACCUCUCCGUCGGACCUUAACAUCGAACAAUUGCGUCCUGAAAGGAUAGAACGAAACCCAUACGAACCAAGCACGUGGAACAAAAUCACCGAAUCCUUCAACACCGUACCUUACACCGCCAAAGUCUUCAUAUAUCGGACGUUAAUAAUCCUUUGGAACCUACCCGAAAACAUCGUCCGCGGCAAAAGACGGCUCUUCUCUCCUCCACCAAAACCGCAGACACUUCCUGCUCCAGCUACAAUACCGGCUACUACAGGUGCGCAAGGCCCUGAAAAGCCCAGCAGGGUUGGAAAGUUUUUUCAAUGGCUCUUUAGCAAGGAUAUGAUGAUCAUGUACGGAUUUCUGUUCACACUGGCGUUGAACGGUGGAUUCGCACUUUGGGUUUGGGUUCACGUUCAUGUAUAUCUCGAUCCACAUACCUGGCGACUCAGACGAUUGGUAACAAAUUCAUUGAGUGCUUGGACGGCCUUUACAUCCCUCGAAAUAUGGAUAGCAAUCAUGCUCGGAAUGUGGAAUCUCGGAGGCGCGUACCUGAUAAUCAUGGGACCUACUGUCAUCGUCAACUGGAUAAAACAGGGUAUACGAUGGAUGUCCAGUUCGUUCAAGACUGGUGGUAGGCCGCCGAUACGAGCCAAAAGCACAGGCAAACCGAAAAUUGAAUCUUGCUUUGUAUCGAUAUUCGGAAUUUACUUUCUGGCAAUGAUAUUAUGGCCGAUUCUGGCGAGUACGAUCCCUGCGCCGAGGUUGAGGGUUGAUCGGUAUCCGAAACGGUGUGAAGAAGGUGGGUGGGAUUUUAGGGUCAUUUUGAACGGGAGGUUUCAACCAAAGAAUUUGACGAGAGGAGUGGUGAUGAUUAGGGAGAUGAAAGGAGAGAAGACCGGAAGGUAUACGGUUUACAUGACGGAGGAUUAUGUGAAUGCGACUUGGUUGAGGACAGAAGAGAAGGUCGUAUUGAGAAGGGCCUCGAUCCCGUGGGAGGAAGAGGCGGUAUAUGUGAGUGAGGUGACUUAUAGGUUUCCGUAUCUGCAGACGGAGUGGGAGAAAUCCGGGUGGAGAAGUUUGCCGGAUGUGAAGAGGGAGACCGGAGGGAAUUAUACGGCUAUUCUUACGUAUCCCGAGACUGGGAGGAAUGAGACGAUCGACGGGAGGUUCCCGUACCUAGAAGACCAGUCGGGUUUACGGUUGGACGAAAUGGGGUUGAUACCAGAUGUGAAAAGGUCGUGGAGGGCUGUUGCAAGUACGGCAGAUAGCUGUUCCUGGGGCCCUGAUGCGAAAUUACUGGAGAAUACAGACGUCACGGCCAGAAAUAUGGUCGGAGAAGGGUAUCCUAUAAUUUUGACGGAUAUGACAAGGUUUGGAUCAUGUUCCGAGUUGACGGUCUGUGCGAACCGUAGGAGACAGGUUGUGGAUGGAUUACCGUGGGCCGUGGGAGAGGAAGGGAAGAAAGUAUUGGAUGCGAUGUUGAUUGUGCCGCUGGGGUUGAUAUUGGCUGAACAGAUUCGAUGGGGAAGCUGUUGCGGGGAUGGGUUUGAACCAUAUAAGGCGGCACCGGCACCGCCAUAG